AUGGGCAUGAGCAUACGCACCAAGUCCCAGUCCAGUGUCGCUGCCUCUCCGAAGGUUUCUGCAACCUCACCGUCCAACGCCAUCUCCCAGUUCGACUUCAAUCUCCAAGGCCUACCAUAUGGGGCCACUACACCCUCCAAGCCACCUGUCCGCCUGCUAAGUUCUACCUCUUUGCAUCAAAUCCCUGACCUGGACACGGAUGCAUCCGACCGCCAGUCUUCCUCUCCAACAAUUGCAACAGGGGACACCGCGUUUGCCUCAUCCAAUAGGAAAUUGAUUUCUCACGCGUCCGCACAGGAUGGAGACGUUAUUCGCACCAACACUACCUCCUCAACCUCCGUUCGAGAUUCCCAGACAAGUCUCAACACCACCAAAUCUCCUACGAUCAGUAGUCUGACCUCCGCAGCCGUCAGCAUCCCUCAUAUUCGAGUCAACGAGCAGCAAUUCCAACCGGAUCACGGGAGGUGGUCAGACUCGAGACCUGCGACCAAAGACGCGGAUGGGAAUACACAAGACUCUUUUCUGGGCUCUAAAGGAAUAUCAUUGGAUAUCAAUAUUCCUACUGGUGGCUUCGCAGACGAUCUCUCCUCGAGCAGUAUCGAGUUCUCCAAAAGAGGAAGCAUGUUGAUUGAUGGCAAACGCUUAAAUCAAUCCAACAGGAAGCCUUCACCUAAUCUUGCCCCUAUCAUCGACGACGAGAGGAAGGAAGAUCCAAACACAACCAAUAUGGACCUCAGAACCCCUCAACCUGUGACGACAAGACCUCCCCCGACCGCUCGGUCAUUACAAGAAAGGCCGCAGGCCAAGGUACUCUCCGCAGACGAGGAAAUGCUCUCGGAAAAGGUCCGGAGCUUCUACGCCGCGGGUACGGAUGACCAAAACCCAACUGAGUCCAACACCAACCUAGCCACUAAGAUGGGAGCUCGGUGGCAACAGACACUAUCCACUGAUAACCAAAGCAUGAGCAUUCCGUCUCUGUCAAGAGCCACAUCAACCACUGACAUAAACGACGACGUCGACAUUUCGAGACACCCGAGCAUGACCGCAUCUACCUCAGGAAUUGCAUCUUUGGCUCCCACCCGAGAAGAACUUGAAUUGGCCGGUGGCUUAGAAGAUUGGAAAGACAUUGGUAAUGCAGAUGUCGAUCGUUAUGGCUUCAUUCUGGCCAGAGCACCUACCAACCCUGUCGAUGGGGCCGAGGAUCCCAAGGCUCAACGUUUGACUCGUGUUUCUACAAGCCUACAGCUGGCCUCCGAAACACCACGACGAAAAUUAACCCUCCGUCGGACACCAAGUACCAAAUCUGGGCACAGCAAGCACACCCACGAACAAACACCGCCUCGGCCGACCAGUUCGCAAAGUGCCCACACGAGCCUAUCGCAGGGUCGAAGGAGCACCUCUUCCCGGGUCCCAAUACCUGGUUCUCGGAACAAGCGUCUCAUGGAUUCUGCAAUGGACAUGUUGACACUCCCAACUAGUGCUCAAUCCGUAAUUGAGGAUGGUCAUGUUCAUAUCGAGGAUGCCCGUGCCCGUCGCAAAGAGAUUGAACGAGAAGAGAAAUGGCGGAGAAUGGCACGGCCGGUUGCCCCGGCCAAGGAUCCCAAAACCGGUUUGCCCAUCGUUGGUGGUGGAAGCGGUUCGACUGGUGCAUAUACUUUCGACACCUCAUCUUCUAAACUCGUUGAAAGGGCCUGGAAAGGUAUCCCAGACAAGUGGAGGGCGACUGCAUGGCAUAGCUUUUUGACCACCUCGGCAUCGAAACAUAAGACUUCGCUUCCAGAUUCCGAAUUGAUAGCCUUCUUCCACACUUACCAAUCUCAACCAUCUCCGGAUGAUGUACAGAUUGACAUUGACGUACCGCGCACCAUCAAUUCCCAUAUCAUGUUUCGGCGUCGGUAUCGUGGUGGACAGCGGCUCCUGUUCCGCGUGCUUCAUGCCAUGUCUCUGCAUUUCGCAGAAACAGGAUAUGUUCAAGGCAUGGCAGCUUUGGCCGUCACUCUACUCGCAUACUAUGAUGAAGAAAUGAGUUUUGUAAUGCUUGCGAGGAUGUGGGAGUUGCGGGGCCUCGAGGCACUCUACAAACAUGGUUUUGGUGGUCUCAUGAGUGCUCUCAAUGAUUUUGAGACGCAGUGGCUGGGAAAGGGGGAGGUGGGAACAAAGUUGGAUGAGCUCAACAUUGGCCCAACAGCCUAUGGCACACGUUGGUACUUGACCCUCUUCAACUACACCAUCCCUUUCCCUGCUCAGCUCCGUGUAUGGGACGUCUUUAUGCUCCUUGGCGAUGAUACUUCCCCCAUCGCUCGUCCUUCCACAUCCAAAGCACCAACGUCCAUAGCAGAACCAGAUAGUGGUGAUCACAACUUUGGCACCACUCUCGAUAUUCUCCAUGCGACAUCAGCGGCACUAAUUGACGGCAUGCGCGAUAUCCUUCUCUCUUCGGAUUUCGAGAAUGGUAUGAAAGUCCUUACAAGCUGGAUCCCUAUUCAGGAUCCAGAUCUUCUCAUGCGGAUUGCCAGAGCAGAGUGGAAAAUGCACCUGAAAAAGUCCGCACAAGGAAGUGGUACCUCCCGAGUGUGA